AUGGAAACACGCUGCCCAGCUGUGCCAGCUGGCCCCCUGCUUCCUCUGAGCUCACCUUGAGGAGCUGCCCUGUCCCAGGUGCACUGGCAUUUGGAUACGGGCAGCUGUGCUGACAGCUUGAGAGGCCGUCUGGAAAAAUCAGGGGAGGAGUGAGGUUAAUGAUUAUACCCUGUGGUCCUGGGCUCUGGCGCCUGCUCUGCCCCAGCCAGAGGACUGAGGCUCAGGUGGCAGCAUGCUCCCGCUGGCACCCAUCGUGCUGACCGUGGUGCUGCUCAGUCUGCUGGGCCCUGCUGAGAGCCGCAAGACGGAGCCUCUGAGUGAGGCCAGUGACCAGCCUCUCUUCCAUGGGGCUGAUCGCUACGACUUCGCCAUUGUCAUCCCUGGAGCGGGCACUGAGUGCUUCUGGCAGUUCGCACAUCAGAGCAGCCACUUCUACUUCAGCUAUGAGGUGCAGCGGGCGUCAGGAAUGGCUGACAGACACGUCCUGGUCACAGCAAGUGACCCCAAUGGCUUCCAUGUAGGCACUGCCCAGGACGUGCGAGGACAGAUCAACUUCUCAACCAAGGAGACAGGCUUUUACCAGCUUUGCCUGAGCAAUCGCCACAACCGCUUUGGGUUUGUGCAGGUUUAUCUCGACUUUGGGGUGUUAUACGAAGGUUUUGACACCGAGAACCAGCCUGAAACGGAGAGGAAGGAGCUCAAUAACACACUGGAGGCAAUUGAGAUGAGCACCCACAAGCUGCAGGGCUACAUCUUCCACAUGUGGCGGUUCUACAACAUGGCACGGAUGAGGAAAGGGGCCGACUACUUCCUGCUCGAGGUCAACUCCUACUACGUGACAUGGUGGUCAGCGGCGCAGAGCUGCGUCAUCCUCUUCUCAGGUGCUCUGCAGCUCUAUUUCCUGAAGCGGCUCUUCAACGCACCGUCCACUAGCAAGCCACGGUGCUGAGCCCUCUGCAGGUACCCACCACAGCCCAGUGCAGCCAGGAGACUGCAGGGAGCAGGGACAGCACUGCUGCCUCCCUGGACCAGACUCCUCCCCACCCCCAGGACUGGGAUGGAGAGGGGGAUCUGCUCUGGCAGGGUGAUGCAGUGAAGCCAGGUGACUGGCCAUCUGGGAAUCCUCCCUGUCACCUCUCCAGCGAAGCUGCCUUUUGUCUCUUCUCCUUGAGGACCAGCUGGUCCUCGAGGGAGAGGAUGGCGCACAUACGCCCUCGGUGCUGGGGGUGGCUACUUAACCCUGUUCUACCACUGCAGUCCCUGAAAGAAAUGGCCUCACAUUACAAACCCAAUAAACAGCACUAGCCAA